AUGAGUCCACCCGGCGAAUGUUUCGUGUUAGCGUAUGAUAAAAAAACAUGUAAGAUUAGGGAAAUUGCAAUGCCGAGUCAGGAAGACAUGGACCUUUGUACCGAUAAGGUACUGUCCAAGGGAAGAAUUCUUCAGGAACUGACGAAAGCUGUCAAAUUGGUAUAUGCUCAGAGCUUAUAUGGAACAGUAGUCUUGGAUGGCGAUUCUUGGUUGGUCUACUGGUUAGAUCGAGCCUUGCGUCAUGGACUACGUAUAGAACGACAUGGAUAUUGGGGGACUGCUCGUGAACUCAGCCAUCAAGACACUGUUGUUGUAAUACAUGCUCUUCAAGGUGUUUUAACUUCCAUUGGGAAAGGUCGAGCGUGGCUUUACCAUACUCUUAGCGAGGGCAGCUUUGAAAGUUAUUUAGCCUGUUUGUUGCGAGAUGCAAAAACAUUGAAAAAGCAGUAUUUUCCCCAUGCACUUGUUCGGGAUGCUGAUAAAACCAACCAGUUAGUUAAUCUUCUUGCUGGUCUGGAAAAUGUAUCCUUCACAUUACAACUGGAUGUAACAUACCUGGAUACCUGCAAUUAUAUGCCUCAGAGGCCUAUGAGUGUGAACCCUUCUGGAACCAUUUUAUCGUUACAUCUUCGGUCAUCUAGUGUAUCCUCGAGUCUAGCUUCACCCGGUGACAGUGGAGUUGCUUUCGACAGCGAUAUGGAUCUUGCAAAUGAGACAGAUGCCAGUAGUUACAAAGAGGAAGACUUUAAUUUGGAAGAAAUUCCAAAGUACCGGAAUAAUAGAUACAAAACAAUAAUGAACAAUUGUAUGGAAGACAAUAAAAACUUUAGCUCUAGCGAUUCCAGUGAAGAUGGAAAGACACCGACACAGUCACCCGGAAUGAUUACUAAAUUUCAAACUGCGGCAGUAACAUCAAGUGAUAUAGCAAACCAGAACUUAACUAGAAAACUUGACGACAAUGAGCUUAAUUGUUCCAGUUUGGACACCUUGAAAGAUUAUGAUUUUUAUAGCAAGAGUUUAGAUGAGUCUAAAUUAGAUAAGAUAAAUAACAAAAUCGAUAACGGUGUCAACGAAUUAAACAAAAGAAGUAGCUAUUAUAGCGACGGUAGUUACAGCUUCAAGAGAAAUGUUGAUCCUCGAAAUUCGUAUGUGAUCAACAACGAUACGAACCUAUUGGAGCUUAGUAUGACCAUUUCUGAUUGCGAGAACAUGGAAACACCCUACGGUAUUCUGAAUACCAUUAAUAUGACGGACACUAGUAUUUUGUCGUCUUCCAGCUCAGAGGCUCUGGUGCAACGUAGGCAACGCAAGAAAAAGCGGGGGGAAAGUAAAAAACGAGUUAGCUUUCACGAAGAUAUCCUAAAAACCAUGAAAUUGGACGACGAUGAAAACUACGCCGACUUCUCUAUGAGUUUCUUAACGCCUAAUUCGGUUCAAAAGAAGGACGCUCAGAAAGGAAGAUACAGCUGGUGCGCAAACGGAGAUUCCCCUUACGUUCAGAAAAAUGUUAACACAAGAAACGCGCACUCCGAUUAUUAUUCGUACUCUUCGUCGUCCAGCGUUUUCGAUAGUGACAGCGAGAGGAAAGCAUCGUCAAAGACGUGUAGACAAUCGUUAUGCCAGAACAGUUGUAAAUGCGCUUGUGAACUGUCGAUCACGGAACGUGGCGUACCGGAAGGUCAGGAAGAUCCUGGAAAAACGUUGAGGCCAAAAUUGGAAAUCGAACUGGAGGAAAACGAAGCGCAAGAAGCAUAUAUAGUUGAGAAAAAUUAUGGGAACAUAGUCGAGGAUCCUCCAGCGAAAGUUGAAAUGCCUUGCCCUUCGAAUUCCAAGAAAUAUACUAGUUCCAGCGACUGGUCAGAUGUAGAUAAUGUCACCGCUGCGGAUUUAGACGAACGUAGGAGUAGCAGACAUUUAGCUUCACCGUCGAAAAAACGUAACAUGACGUCGAUAUUGACCGGUGAAAAUAGUAAUAAAUUGGCACCACCGCCACUGAGGCAGGCACCGUCAAAAACUUCGUUGCUGAGUAGAUUCUUGAAAUCUAUUACCGAAAGAAAAUUCGAGAUUAAGAGAAACAAAAAAUCACAAAAGACAAAUCCAUUAUACAUCAAAGGCGUGAAAACUAGCUACGAUUCGUUCAAAGAUUUUAACGACAAUCUUGAUCGAGAGAUACAGGAGAAUGUGGCCGCAGGGAAGCAAGAAUUCAGUGGAGAAAAGGUUAGCUUGAAAUUACGAGAACUAUUUAAGAAAUAUAUUUACAGGGACAAAACGGAAGAACUGUACAAAGUAUACAAGGUUAGAAGUUCAUACAUGACAAACGGCGAUAGUAAACCAAUGAUCGCUUUGCUGACGGACAAAACAUUAUACUUAACGGGUUCGAAGCCCGACCACACUUACAGUAAUCAAUUCGUUAUUCCUUAUAACGAGUUGGAUGUUAUUAUGAUCGGACCAAAUGCACAAACGAUAUUAUUAUCCAAUGCGGAUUAUGAGAUGCAAUAUCUUUUUUCUACUGGAAGUUCCCAAACUACAUCGGAAUUAAUUGCCCACUUGGAAAUGGCUAUGAGAAGAUCUCCAUCAAAGCCACGCCUUCCAGCGGUUAAAGAAUUGAGCUAUGAAGACAUGCAUAUUUUAAAACACUCGAUUCUAUGUGACACCGCUGUGCAUCCCGAUGAGAAAAUCGAACAUUACAAUCUUAUUUAUAUGGAAGACGAACACAUGUCACCUCCUAGUACACCUUGUGGUCCGACUAAGGAAGGUGAUCUCAUGUACAGACCACACACUUAUCAACACCUUUAUCCGAAUGCACCGACUAAUCCAUGGGAGGCUGGUUACUUCGUCCUAAAAGGUGGUGUCGUUUAUAUGUUCACCGACGCAAGUCAAAGGCUUCCGAAACGAGCGAUUCCAUUAAAAGGCGGUCUCUGUCAAGGAUGUCGAAGAAUCCCAAAUUCUCAUCGUCCGCACACCUUCGAGAUCCUUUUGAAACCGAACAAAGCUUUUCAAUUUGCUGCCCCAGACGAAUACGUUGCCUCCGAAUGGUUGCAAAGUUUUGUUCAAAGCGCGUCAGGAUUGUUCGACGCAUCAGAGAGGAGAGAGCCUUUGCCAUGUAGCCUUAUUACGACUACCAAGCACUUAGUCGCUAUGAAAGAAGUAUUCCCUGGUAAGCAACGUGGAGAAACUCUUUCCUGUGCUUCUGUGGAAGAUCUGACUGCAUUCAGAGUACCUUUAACUCAACAGUCUUGGUGUAUACUGGAAUUUGCGUGUCGAGAAGUCCAUGAAAGUAGCGGCGAUUGGGUAAUAUAUUUCACAAACUAUACUGAAUUAUGCACCUUCAGAGAAAUUUUGGAAACACUGUGGGCUGAUGCAAGUCUGGGUGAAUUUCCUAUGGUGACGCUACCGCCGGAAGACAAGCUUCACCGACGUUGCUCGGAUGCUAGUAAAGAACUAGAGCUUGCAUGGCGAUAUUUGCUACCUUCAGAAAUUGAUUAAACGACGAAGUAUAUCAAUAGACAAUAGUAUUGGUAUUGUCGUAUUCAGUAAUAGACACACAUGAAACAUAAAUAUUGGCGCUCGUAUUCAGAGAAUGUCAC